GAUUCACCAAAAGUCUUUUUUUUUCGUUUCUGAGACAGGUCAUUUGAUCUGGUUACCUUCUGGCUUUUGUCCUGGGAUGCUGCUCAGAGCCCAAUGGCCCUGCCGCCGAGUGCAUUGUAAUGCUAAGUCUUUUGCAUCUAUAACGGCUAGGUCUUUUGCCUCUUCCACACCGCGUCGCAAUGAUCUAGCCACUAUCAAGACUCGUAAUAUCGGCAUUAUAGCCCAUAUAGAUGCGGGAAAAACUACCACCACGGAGCGAAUGCUCUAUUACAGCGGCUUUACUCGUAGAUUAGGAGAUGUCGAUGAAGGUUCUACCGUCACGGAUUUCUUGCCUGCCGAGCGCGCGAGAGGUAUCACCAUUCAGUCAGCAGCAGUCACCUUUUCCUGGCCACCAGCAAAUUCUUCCUCGACGGAUCUGUCCUCCACCAAGCUGGUCUUGCCGCGCUCAACUCAACCCCACAAUGUCAACCUAAUAGAUACCCCUGGUCACGCCGACUUCACCUUCGAGGUUUUGCGCUCCUUGCGUAUCUUGGAUGGUGCUGUGUGUAUUCUUGAUGGCGUAGCUGGUGUUGAAGCACAGACUGAAAAGGUCUGGACUCAAGCAACCAACUACCACAUUCCUAAGAUCCUGUUCGUUAACAAGCUCGAUCGUGAGGGCGCUGCCUUUGCCAGAACCAUCUCUGAAAUUGGCACGCGACUACGUGUCUGGCCAGCUCUUUGCCAAAUUCCCUGGUGGCGACCUGGCGAUCUCAAACUCCAGGGUGUUGGUGAUGCUGUAGGCCUCCGUGCUUUGCUGUACGAGGAGGGUGGUGACGGUAAGACUGUCAAAGUGCACAGUCUCAAAGACUUGGAGGCCGAGAACUCUGCUUUUGCUGAAGAGAUCAAGAAAGCAAGGACAGCCUUGGUCGAGCUCUUGAGUGAAUAUGACGAUGAAAUGGUCGAAAAGUUCCUCGAAUAUGAUGAAGAUCAUCUGGCCAUUCCAUCCGUUGAUAUCACUGAAAGUCUCCGAAGAUGCACCUUACAGCAGCCGCAGAAGCUUGUUCCAGUAUUUUCAGGUGCAAGCUUCCGCAACGUUGGUGUUCAGCCGCUAUUGGAUGCAGUUGUGGAUCUUCUUCCAUCGCCACAGGAACGACCUGAUCCUGAGGCCAGCGUCGGUCCUUCCAAAUAUGGGCUGAACGAUCUUCUUACUGGCAAGGCAUCUCUACCUGCAACUAUCGAGGCCAAGAAGCAACAAAAGACUAAGGCGUUGGCAGCGAGCAAGAACAUGUCUAUCAUCAAGAAUCUUGAUGCAUGUGCGCUGGCUUUCAAAGUGGUCACAGAUCCGCGAAGAGGUGUUCUUGUCUACGUUCGAGUAUAUUCGGGAUCGAUCACGAAAAAUGCUCCUCUGUUCAACACGAAUCUUGGCAUCACGGAAAAGGCUCCUCGAUUGCUACGAAUGUACGCCGAUGAAGCUGUCGAGAUCUCUUCGAUAGAGGCUGGUCAGAUUGGUGUCAUUCCUGGAUUGAAGUCUACCCGCACAGGUGAUACGCUCAUCUUAUACAGUGGAGUGAACCCUAAGGUUGGCCCUCCCUCACCAAUCAACACCCUCCAACUCAGGCCAAUCACGGUUCCUCCGCCUGUCUUCUUCACAAGUGUGGAACCGAACAGCUUGGCAGAGGAGAAGCACAUCUCCGAAACGCUAGCACUUCUGCUUCGAGAGGACCCUAGUCUGAACGUCAGAGAGGAUCCUGAGAGUGGACAAACUCACCUGGCUGGCAUGGGUGAACUACACCUAGAGAUCGCUCGUGACAGACUCAUCAACGACCUCAAAGCAAAGGCUAGAAUUGGCAAUAUUCAAAUCGGCUACCGCGAAGCACUCUCUGUUCCUUCGUCAGAGGCAUCCGCGAUCUUCGAUCGAGAAGUAGCCGGCAAGGCAUCUAAAGCUGGAUGUACCGCCAGCGUAGCGCCGUUCGAGGAGUCGGAGUUGAAUGCAGCUGAUGAUCAUACGCAUGUAUUUGCUCUCCUGGAUGAGAACUAUUUGGUCCUCAAGACACCGACGCUUUACACAGACGGAUCCGCAACCGAUGCUGAGCUACCACCCUUGCCUGCUACCUUGCCAAUGCAGAUGCUCCAAUCAGCUAUGCAGACUGGUGCCACAGCAGCCCUCGCACGUGGUCCCUCGCACGGCUAUCCUCUCCAUUCUACCAAAAUCACCAUCACUUUUGAUCCAUCUGAGCACCUCUUCCAAACCACCAACGCUGCGGCCAUCUCGUCUGCAGCUCGUCUUGCUGUGCAGAAGGCUUUGCGUGAGGCAGCAGAUGCUGGAUAUGGUACGGCAUUGAUGGAACCAGUCAUGAAUGUCACCAUUACCGUAGACGAACCCAGUCUCGGAAGUGUUGUUCACGACAUCAGCUCUGCCAGAGGCGGACAAGUCAUGUCUCUCGGUGCCGACGAUGAGACCAGCUCGGAAGACGACAUGGUUGUCGAUCCAACAAGAAUCUACUCACCACCUGAUCCAUUCGGUGGCUCAGCUUCAGACAUUGGCGCAGGAACUACAAGUGUGGGCAACCAGAUGCGACAGAUUGUGGCAAGGGUCCCUUUGAAGGAGAUGGUGGGUUAUCUGAAGCAUUUGCGCAGUCUUACCCAGGGAAGAGGCACUUUUGUCAUGACCGUCGAUCGAUUCGAGAAGAUGAACCCGCAGAGGAUGAAACUUGCGCUUGCUGAGAUGAGUGGCGGCUUCUAGGGUGAAGUCUACCAAGUGUAUUAUAUCCUUGUAUCAUAGAUGUCUCUACUUGACCAAGUCAAACUUGAAAACAGGGCAACCCUGUUCACCAUUUUUC